AUGCGAAAUAUGUUCAAUAAUUAUUGUGGAUACGACAUUUUUCUAAAUGCUUACAAAUAUACUUCAGUUUAUUUGUUAGUUUCAUUAACUGUAACUGUUUUUUCUGUAAUUUGUGUAUGGUUGUAUGAAAACCCAUUACUUUGUAAGUUUAUAUUUAAAAAAAGUAUACAUUCAAAUGUAAUUAGUUCCAACGAAAGUGUUGAAAAUUAUCAGUGUUCUAAUAAAGACGUUUUUGAAACUUUAGAACAAAAAAAUAAAGAGUCAAUGGAGAACUGA